AUGUGCAUCAUUGGGCCCGAAGCGGAGGUUGAAGACAUGCUAAGGAUAUAUGGAGUUCAAAAUCAUCCAUUUCCUGAAUCAAAUAUGGCAUCUCUGCCUUGUCCAACUCACAGUUUUUCCACACAGAUAUUCACCGCUUCUUUGAAUCCCGACGUUGAGCUUACUAUACGCACCGGUGAUAUUACUGAAGAGCAAGUCGAUGUUAUUGUAAACACAACUGACUGUGACUUGACACACAAAGAAGGCGUGUCGAAGGCUAUCGCAACAGCUGCUGGUCCAAAACUUAUCCAAGAAUCACAAAAAAAUUUUUUAAAACACGGCAGGCUUGAAGAAGGCAAGGUUGUCAAAACAAGCGGAGGAAAGUUGCUGUGCAGUUAUGUUCUUCAUGCCAUUGGUCCAUCAAAGCGCACAGUUUCAACACAUCGGCAUAUUCCUAUCCUUGAAAAAACAUUGAUAAAAGUAUUUAAAAAAUGUGACGAAGUUGGGGCUCGCAGCGUUGCUUUGCCAGCGGUCGGUAGCGGGCGAAAGGGCAUCCACGCACACGACUGCGCAGAGGCAAUGCUAUAUGCUAUUGAGGAAACGACACAGAAAGGGAAGACCUCGCUCAAAGACGUUAGGAUUGUAGAUGUUAAAAAAGAAACUGUACACGAAUUCAUAAAAGUUUUCAAGAAAAGGUAUGCUGAGCAUAACCCUCAAGACAUGACUUUUGAAAAAAGGGACAAGAUGGGUCUUUGGGAUCAAAAGCAUGCAGAAGGAUCUGAUAGCGACGAAGAUGACUUAAGCGUGGGGCUUUCUUAUCAAAUGCACGCGACCAACAUUGGUAGUGAAGCAAGUGGUAGACACGAAUUUUCACAAAAUGUAUCAUCCACCACGCACCUGCUGCAGCCUGAUGUCUCCAAUCCAGACCUUAAACCGCUUCAUGACACCGAUGAAACAUGUCCGAUCUGUAUGGAUUCUUUUCAGAACAAGACGACUCUUGACCGUUGCAAGCAUAGUUUCUGUAAGGACUGUUUAGAAAGAUCUUUACAACUCAAGAACAAAUGUCCCAUAUGCGGUGACAUUCUUGGUGAACAAACAGGUGACCAGCCAGAUAACGGUACCAUGACUGUAUCGUACUGGCAUCGGCCACUUGAAGGUUACGAGGGGGUUGGCACCAUUGUCAUUGAUUAUUAUUUCCCCUCGGGUGUGCAAAAGUCCGAGCACCCAGACCCAGGGUCACGGUACCAAGGGACUUCCAGGACGGCGUACUUGCCUGACAGCAAAGAAGGACGAGAGGUGCUGAGGUUGCUGCAGAGGGCAUUCGAAGCCCGUCUUCUGUUCACAGUCGGGAGAUCGGUGACCACGGGGAGAGAGGGGGUGGUUGUGUGGAACGACAUCCAUCAAAAGACCAGCCCCAUCGGAGGCCCUCAGAGAUAUGGUUAUCCUGAUCCGACAUACCUGUCCCGCGUGAAGGAGGAGUUGGCUGCCAAGGGAAUCAAAUGA